AUGUCCCUCGAGCAGGCCGCGCGGGACCUCGCCCGCGCCGUCAGCGGCAUCGACUACGACGGCGCCGCCGUGCACCGGUGCCGCGUCGCCGUCCACACCGGCAUGUCCUCCGCCUCGCCCUCCUCCCUCGCCGCCGCCCUGCAGAUCCUCGUCGACCGCGUCGCCGCCGCGCGCGUCGACGACGCCGACGGCGUCGCCUUCGCCGCCCUCACCGCCGGCGCCCUCGUCGAGACCGGCGCCCCCGCGGAGCCCCUAGCCGCCGUGCUGCCCCGCAAGGUCCCCGAGUUUCUCGUCGCCGCGCGGCGCUUCGCUGACGCCUGCCUCGCGGACCUGCCUCCCCCGUCACCAGACGAUAAGGAGGCGUCGGAGGCGGACGACCUGCCGGAGGAGGACCAGGUGCUCACAGAGGUCGACGGGCGCCGCAUCACGCACCGCGUCUUCCGCGAGCACGUCCGUGGACGCUCCCCGCCGUGGGCCCCCUGGCUCGCGCUGUGCCCGCGCGAGCGCCGCGGCUUCCGCCUGCUCGUCGACGGCGUCGUCACCAACCCGGACCUGCACGCGCUGCUCGGCGACGCCCUCGCCGAGCGCGGCCUGGCCCCCGCCUGCGGUGCGCGGAACCCGCCCGCCCUGCUCGAGUACAUUCGCGGCGAGGCGCCCGCCCCCGACAACCUCGAGUCCGUCCACGGCCAGUUUGAGUUUUACGAGUGGCGCGCCGCGGCGCACGACUGGGCAGACGCCGACACGGACGCGCUACCGGCCGCGGGGGGGCGCCAUGUCGUCCCGGUAGAAGGCAUCCCAAGCGCUGUGCUCCGGUUCAAGGACGUCCCUACGCUGAUUAUCGGCCCGCUGACGGAGGAGCGUUCGUGGAACAAGGCGAGGACGUUUGGCGGGCUGCGGUCCAGCAUCACCGUCACGGAUGAGCUCACGGAGGAUGAGGUUGCCUCUCUGCUGGCGGAGAUGAAGAAUAUGGCUACGACGGCGGCAUCAAGAGUAAACGGGGGGACAGGGCAAGGGUGA